AUGAAAUUUUUCAUUCUUCUUGCUUUGGUUGCUUCUUCAAGCGCUUUUCCAAUGCUUUUCGAUACGAACGUUUUCUCUGGAUUUACAAAUGGAUUGACAUCUGGAUUAACAAAAAUUGAUUUCGAUGCCGAAAGCUUUAUAAGCCAAUUAACUGAGGAACUCAGUAAAAUUAAUGAAGGAGCUGAAGGUGAAGCAGGUGAUGAUGCUGAAAAUAUAAUGGAUAAGCAAGAAACUGAAGAGCCCAUGCCUUACAAGCAAGAAACUGAAGAACCGACGCCUUACAAGAAAGUCAAGUCAGCAACCGAAGAACCAACCCCGUACAAGCAAGAAACUGAAGAGCCAAUGCCAUAUAAACAAGUAAAGUCAGUGACCGAAGAACCAACUCCGUACAAGCAAGAUACUGAAGAACCAAUGCCAUACAAGCAAGAAACUGAAGAACCGACGCCUUACAAAAAAGUUAAGUUAGCAACUGAAGAACCAACUCCUUACAAGAUAGAAACUGAAGAACCGAUGCCCUACAAGCAAGCCAAGGCAGUGACCGAAGAACCAACUCCUUACAAGCAAGAAAUUGAAGAACCGAUGCCCUACAAGCAAGAAACUGAAGAACCGACGCCUUACAAAAAAGUCAAGUUAGCAACUGAAGAACCAACUCCUUACAAGCAAGAAACUGAAGAACCAAUGCCAUACAAGCAAGCCAAGGCAGUGACCGAAGAACCAACUCCUUACAAGCAAGAAACUGAAGAACCGAUGCCAUACAAGCAAGCCAAGGCAGUGACCGAAGAACCAACUCCUUACAAGCAAGAAACUGAAGAACCGAUGCCCUACAAGCAAGCCAAGGCAGUGACCGAAGAACCAACUCCUUACAAGCAAGAAACUGAAGAACCGACGCCUUACAAAAAAGUCAAGUUAGCAACUGAAGAACCAACUCCUUACAAGCAAGAAACUGAAGAACCGAUGCCCUACAAGCAAGCCAAGGCAGUGACCGAAGAACCAACUCCUUACAAGCAAGAAACUGAAGAACCGAUGCCCUACAAGCAAGCCAAGGCAGUGACCGAAGAACCGACUCCUUACAAGCAAGAAACAGAAGAGCCAAUGCCAUACGCAGUUUAA